UUAACAGGCCGUCGGAGAUAGGAGCUUGAGCCCUCACCCACCGCCUCGUGCUCCUCCAGACGCUUCUGCCCAGCUUCCCACCGGGAUGGAGCCGGGCUGGGGAAGCAACAGCUCCCACCGCGGCCGCCCCACGCACAGCCAGGGGCUGCUGAGCCCCCCGACCCGGGCGGGGGACCCCAACCUGACCCUCUUCCACACCCGCGACGAGGAGCUGGCCAAGGCGGAGGUCGGGGUGCUGGCCACCAUCCUGGCCGUGGCCACCGUGGGCAACCUGGGGGUGCUGCUGGCCAUGUACCGCCUGAGGAAGAAGAUGAGCCGGAUGCACCUCUUCAUCCUGCACCUGGGGCUGACCGACCUGGGCGUCGCGCUCUUCCAGGUGCUGCCGCAGAUGAUCUGGGAGGUGACGUACCGCUUCGCGGGGCCCGACCCUCUCUGCCGGGCCGUCAAGUACCUGCAGGUGCUGAGCAUGUUCGCCUCCACCUACAUGCUCCUCGCCAUGACGCUGGACCGCUACGUGGCCGUGUGCCACCCGCUGCGCACGCUGCAGCAGCCCAGCCGCCAGGCCUACGCCAUGAUCGGGGCCACGUGGCUGCUCAGCGGGCUGCUCAGCCUGCCCCAGCUCUUCAUCUUCUCCCUGCGGGAGGUGCGCCGCGGCUCGGGGGUGCUGGACUGCUGGGCCGACUUCGGGUACCCCUGGGGCGCCCGCGCCUACGUCACCUGGACCACGCUGUGCAUCUUCGUCCUGCCCGUCGGCAUCCUCGCCGUCUGCUACGGCCUCAUCUGCUACGAGAUCUGCAAGAACCUCAAGGGCAAGACGCAGGGCGGUGGCGGCCCCGGCGCGGGGGGUCCCGCCACGGCCGCUCCCACCCUCGCCCCCGCCGAGAGGGGCGGGCGACGCGCCGGCGGGCAGCCCUCGCGGGUCAGCAGCGUCCGCACCAUCUCCCGCGCCAAGAUCCGCACGGUGAAGAUGACCUUGGUCAUCGUGGUGGCCUACGUGGCCUGCUGGGCGCCGUUUUUCAGCGUGCAGCUGUGGUCGGUGUGGGACGAGGACGCCCCCGACGACGAGUCCACCAACGCGGCUUUCACCAUCACCAUGCUGCUGGCCGGCCUCAGCAGCUGCUGCAACCCCUGGAUCUACAUGUGCUUCAGCCGGCCGCUGCUGCAGGACCUGGCGCGCGCCCUGCGCCGCUGGGGCGGCCUCGGCACCGGCCUCCGCCGUCCGGCCUCCACCGGCAGCCUCUGCAGCAGGAAAACCACCCUGCUGAGCCACGGCCACCACGCCGCCGUCCCCCUGCACCGGCGGGGCAGCGCCCGGGACGGCUGCGCGCCCGACGAGGACGCCGUGACCGAGGCCGGCACGCUCUAGGCUGUGCGGAUGCCCCACGCACCCCGUGUUCCCCCCCCCCGGCAGCGUUGCAUUCUGCAGGUCGCUCUGUGCUGAACGCAGGCAGCGUCGCCGGGCUGCUCUUUCUGCACGCCCGGGCGCUGGGCAUCGCGCCGGGUGUUCGGUGGCAGCCGCCGCGGCAGGGCCGGUGCAGCCACGGGAGCGUCGCGGCAGGCAGCGUGGCUGCGUCUGCCCGAAGCUGCCCGCGAGCGCGAUGCUCAUCUCCCCUCCCCAGGGCUGGGCUGGUGGCGCAGCCGAAGCAAACGCAGCUUUUCCGCCCCUUCCCGGGGACCCGCUCACAUGGCCCCUCCGCGCCGGGCAGCAGUGCCCGCGGGUUUGUAGCCUGGACGUCUGCCCCCGCUCAGCAUCGCGGUGCCGAGAUCCCCAGGGAGCUGCUUGCAGGAGCCCUGGCCGAGCCCCAGCUCCUGCUUCCUCGCUGCCCGGCGGUUUCCACCUCCGUGCGGGUCCCCGGCUGCCGGGCUGCUCCCGGCUGCCGCAUGGCGUUACGAGCUGCUCGCAACGGGCUGCCGCUUUUAUCGUAGCUAGGCAAGAUCGGAGCACCGCAAGUGCCGCGGGAUGCACCACACCGCCCGGGCGGGUACCGGCGCCCCGCCAGCACCGUGCGUCGCUCUGGCCUCCUAGGCUGAACCUGGAAAAAACAGGACAUUUUAAGAGCAGAGUAUUUUGAACUCUGGAAGCAUUUUCCACUCUAUCCCAAUUUGAAUCAAAUUUGCAUUUGAGUCAAUUCUUCCAGAAACUCCCGCUAUCGCUCAGCCGCUGGCUUUGACCUCAUCGCUCGUUCCCGAGACAUGUUCCUCCGGGGCGUUAGCAGCGUUUCCAGGCUCUGUUUGCUUUCGGCAUCAUUACCCUUCACGCGUCCUUUGCGCCGGGCCAGAUCCGCGUGGCCAGGGCGGAAACGCGCGCGUCGCUGCCCCGGAGCCGUCCGCCCGCUCGCCGCAGAUCGAUGCCCCCGCGGCCGCCCGCCGAGAGCGUCACCGCCGCUGCUCUGCAACGCGGCCCGCGGCCCCCCGCAACAGCGGCAGAGCUGCGUCAGCCCACGAAGCUCGGGGAGCUCGUCGCUAGCCCGGAGCGAUGGGAAGGGGCAGGAGCCGUCCGCAGCCGCCACGCCGCGUCCUGGGCUGCUCCCGGCCCGACCGGCCCGGCCCGGUGCCGUACUCACCCGGGGGGACCGGCACCCCUGGAUGACGACCGCCUCCGCAGCGCAUCCACCUUGCGUUUCCGAGCUUCUCUCUGCAAACUCCAGAGCUCAAAACUCGGUUUUUCCAAGAGAAAAUGAUGCCCGCGGGGACAUCAACAAAUCCUUAAGGAAGAUGUGACCGGCAGGGUCAGGGCCGGCAGCGGGGCGCAGCGGAGCCCGGCUGGGGGGUUUCGCAGGACUACGAAAACCAGCUCUCAGCAAAGAGCAGAUCAGAGCUGGGAGCACUACGGUAUUGCAAGAUAAAUAAGGAACAGAAAUGCAAACCCGUCUUUCCCCGAUGCGCACGGUGCAUCUCACCCCCCCGCCGCCCGUGCAGACCCGGUGCAGGGCCGUGGCGCCGUCCUGCCCGUGCCGCUGCCGCCGGGGCUGCGGGACUGGGAUCUCCCCCCUCUCCCGCAGCAUCGGGACAAGCUGAGGCCGCCUGCGCUCAAGCC